ACGAACAACGUUGCCGACACGCCAAAAAAAACCACGUCGUUUUUUCUGCAACUGCAAUCUCCUUCAAACCACACCCUUAGACACUAAUCUAUAACCCUUUCAUUUUCUCUUCUCUUCCUCAAUCCAAACUACUAUCUCACAGAAUCCAGGAUCAUGCACAACUUCUGCUUUUCCAAUAUUUCCCCCUCAUUUUAAUACCCCUCUCGAGACCUAAAUUCUUGGAUCAUAUACACCGCACCGUAUCCGUUAAUCGUAUCUAGGCGUAGAUCGUAAUGGCUUCCCAUUGGUGUUUCCGGUGCAACAAAUACGUCAGAGUAUGGAGACAGGAAAUGCCGAUGUGUCCAGAAUGUGACAGUGGAUUCGUCGAAGAGAUCGAAUCUUCCAGCCGCCCCGUCCAUGUCGAACCGCGCCGCCGUAGGUUCCCCACGGCGGCGGCAAUGUACAUGAUCGGCCACCGAUCCGGUAAUUCCGACCAAAAUCCCCGUUCCUCUCGCCAUCAACAACAUUGCAGAACAGCCACCGGCGACCCGUCUGCGAUCAACCCGGUUAUCAUGCUCCGCGGCGAGGGAUCAAGCCACGAACGUGGCUCAAGCUUCGACCUUUUCUACGACGAUGGCGCCGGUACGGGUCUACGACCACUCCCUCCGAGGAUGUCGGAGUUUCUCCUCGGAACAGGCUUCGACCGUGUGAUGGACCAACUUUCCAACGUGGAGUCAAACUCCGGGUCUGGGAGGCACGACAACCACCACGCGCCGGCGUCUAAAGCUGCCGUGGAUGCCUUGCCGGAGAUUGAGAUAAACGCGUCGCACAUGGUGACUGAGUCACACUGCGCGGUCUGCAAGGAGCCUUUUGAGCUUUGCACCAGAGCGAGAGAAAUGCCAUGCAAACACAUAUACCAUCCAGAAUGCAUCUUACCGUGGCUCGCGAUUCGGAACUCAUGCCCGGUGUGCCGCAAACAGUUGCCUGUUGAGAACGCACGUGCGGGGUUGGAGCGUGUGGAGGAGCAAGUAGAGAACAACGUGGGGUUGACAAUUUGGCGGCUACCGGGCGGAGGGUUUGCCGUGGGAAGGUUGGGGAGAAGAGAGGGUGAGAGAGAGGUUAACGUUCCUCUUGUGUACACGGAAGUGGAUGGUGGGUUCAACUUUAACAACAUUGUUAUGGGCGAACCCAGAAGGAUUUCAUGGUCGGUUUCGGAGUCUCGAGGGAGAAGAAGAGGUGGCACGUUUAGAAGAAUGUUUAACGGUUUGUUUAGUUGCUUGAGAGGUGGUGGUGUUGGGCCUCAACGUUCUUCUAGUUCUGGUUCUUCGAGAAGCGCGACGAGUACCAGUGUUAGGGCUUCGCGUCCUAACAUGGGUCCUAACAUGGGUCCUUCUUCAUCUACGCGUAGGUCUUGGUCAAUGGAUGUGAAUGGUGGAACCAGACCAUGGUAAGGUAAUGUAACAUCUGUUGCAUGGGAGGCAUGGAAGUUGAAUUUGUGUGAGAGUAAAAAUGGAGGGUGCAGUGCAAUGAUUGAUUUUUCCAUGUCAAAUGGGGAAUCAUAUGAGAAGCUAUCUACAGAUGGGUUAAUGGAGAAAGGAAGGAGAAAAAGCCUUUGCGUUUAUUUUGGUGUAUAUUUUUGGGGGAAUUUACAUGUGGUACCUUCGUUGUAAUGAUUUG